AUGGCUGAUGUCACGCAAGAACUGGGCAAUGAUGCCCGCCGAACGCCUCCCGCCCCAGCGACGCCAACGGGGGACUACGUUUUCCCAGAGUAUCGCCUGAAGCGUGUGAUGGACGACCCGGAAAAGACGCCGCUACUGCUCAUAGCUUGUGGCUCUUUCUCUCCUAUUACAUUCCUGCAUCUGCGCAUGUUUGAGAUGGCCGCCGAUUACGUCAAGCUCAGCACCGAUUUCGAAAUCAUUGGAGGUUACCUUUCGCCGGUGUCGGACGCCUACCGCAAGGCCGGUCUUGCCAGUGCUGAUCACAGAGUCGCGAUGUGCCAAAGAGCCGUGGACCAGACCUCCGACUGGAUGAUGGUGGACACGUGGGAGCCGAUGCACAAGGAAUACCAGCCGACCGCCAUUGUGCUAGACCAUUUCGACUACGAGAUUAACACUGUCCGGAACGGGAUCGAUACUGGAAAUGGCUCCCGCAAGCGGGUGCAGGUUGUGCUGUUGGCCGGAGCAGAUUUGGUGCACACUAUGUCUACACCUGGAGUUUGGAGUGAGAAGGAUCUCGAUCACAUUCUGGGACAGUACGGGACCUUCAUCGUUGAGCGAAGCGGAACAGACAUUGACGAGGCGCUCGCGGCUUUGCAGCCUUGGAAGAAGAAGAUCCACGUCAUCCAGCAGCUUAUUCAAAAUGACGUUAGCAGCACGAAGAUUCGCUUGUUCCUCAGGCGAGACAUGAGCGUACGCUAUCUGAUUCCCGACCCGGUCAUUGAAUACAUCUAUGACAACAAUCUCUACAUGGAUGACGGUACAACACAACCAACGGCCGACAAGGGGAAAGCAAAAGAGGAGUCGGCAGUAUCGAAUUAG